AUGGCAAAUUUUCUAACAAGUUCCGUUUUAUCUAUUACAGAAAAGCUAUCGACGUUGCGUCCGUCGGGAAAAUUCAUCACGGAAUGGAAAAUAAGACAUUAUGAGUCUUCUUCUUCUCUGUUCUUUCUUUCUUCUCCACGUCUGUUCUUUCUUCUUUCUUUCUUUCUUUCUUUCUUCUCAACGUCUUUUCUUUCUUUCUUUCUUACCUCUCUCAUCUUUCUUUCUUUCUUUCUUCUUUUCUUUUUUCUUUCUCCUCGUCUGUUCUUUUUGGUGAUUCUUCUUUCUUACUUGUUCUUUUUUUCUUCUUCUUUCUCCUGUCUGUUCUUUUGUCUUUCUUUUUUCUCCUCGUCUGUUUUUUGUCUUUUCUUCUUACAUCUCCUUAAAUCGUCUGUUCUUUUUUAUCUUUCUUCUUUCUUUAUCCUCGUCUGUUCUUUUCUUUCUUUCUCUCCUCGUCUGUUUUUUUUUUGCUUCUUUCUCCUCUCUUUCCUCGAUAACCAAUUGCAUGGAGAUUGCACUUUUUUCUUCUCCUCGUCUGUUCUUUGUCUUUCUUCUUUCUCCUCGUCUGUUCUUUGUCUUUCUUCUCUCUCCUCGUCUGUUCUUUGUCUUUCUUCUCUCUCCUCGUCUGUUCUUUGUCUUUCUUCUCUCUCCUCGUCUGUUCUUUCAUUUUUCUUUCUUUCUCUCCUCCCUGUUCUUUGUCUUUCUUCUCUCUCCUUCUUCUGUUCUUUUUUUCUUCAACAAUAUCCUCGUCUGUUCUUUGUCUUUCUUUUCUCUUCUCUUCCAGACUUUAGGUCUUUGCUUCUCUCUCCUCGUCUGUUCUUUUUUUUUGUCUUUCUUCUCUCUCCUUGUCUGUUCUUUCAUUGGAAAAGGGUUUCCUCGUUUCUUUGUUUAAAAUUUUCUCUCCUCGUCUGUUCUUUUGUCUUUCUUCUCUCUUCGUCCUUCUUUUGUCUUUCUCAUCUUUUUCUGUUCUUUUAA